GGAGGAGGAGCACAGGGUAUAUUUCACACACACAGCCGGAGCAGGAGCACUGCAAUCAGCAUGGAGGAGGACAGCAAGACCCCCGGAGAACAAGCAGCAGCCUCGGACUCUCAGGAUCAUUCUCCGACCGCCGUGUUGCCGUCACCAGCGGCCACGUCCUCGCCACUCCAGCCGGAUUCUACUCCCCGCACCUCGUCCACUAAUGGCGCAUUUCCACUGCAGCGGGAGAAACUGAAGCUCUUUCAAGAAGUUAAAGUGGAGUUUGAUCAAACAGCAGGACACAUGAAGGUCCAGGCUCAAAACAAAGAGACGCAGAUUAAGGAGCAGUUCAAGAAGCUUCAACAGUUUCUAGAAGAGGAAGAGGAGGCCAUGAUGGCUGCACUGAGGGAGGAAGAGGAGCAGAAGAGGAGGAUGAUGGAGGAGAAGAUGGAGGCUGUGAGCAGAGAGAUAGCAGCUCUUUCACACAUAGUCAGAGCCACAGAGGAGGAGCUGAGAGAUGAAGACGUCUCCUUCCUGCACAACUACAAGGCUGCAGUGGAGAGGCUGCAGCGCCCCCUGCUGGAGGAUCCACAGCUGCCCUCAGGUGCUCUGAUAGACCAGGCCAAACACCUGGACAACCUCAGCUUCAACAUCUGGAGCAAGAUGAAGGACAUGGUGUCCUACUCUCCUCUCAUUCUGUACCAAAACACUGCUCAUCCAGACCUCGUCCUGUCUGAAGAUCUGACCAGAGUGAGACGAGGAGCGGAACAGAAGCUUCCUGAUAAUCCAGAGAGGUUUGAUAAUUACGGGUUUGUCCUGGGCUCUGAGGGCUCUCAGCCUGCAGAAUGAGCUCCAGAGGGUCAGAGUGAAUCUGGACUAGAACGGAGGAAAGUUGUCGUUCUCUGAUCCUGACACUAACACACAUACACACACACUUUCACUGAGAAGAUGUUUCCAUACAUUAACACUGUGGAGGAAGUGAAGAUAUUACCACUGAAGGUUUGUGUGACAGUGGAUCAGAGCAGGUAGAGAUAGAGAGGAUCAUUAACUCCAUAUUUCUUAUCUCUUAAAGGGAAAAUAAACUGCAUGUAACCUCUGCAGCUGCACCUCCUGCUGGCUCAUUAUAACAAACAUGUGUUUAUCUUUGUCAUAUUUCCGUUUAUCAGAAUCAGAUUGUGUGUGUGUGUGUGUGAGAAAAAAAAGUGCAAAUAAACGUUACUUAAGCGUUUUUGUUAGUUUAACUUUUAUUGGUUCAAACUAAUUUCUUUGUACAAAUGAUAUGCUUUGAAAACGUGAUCCAGACAGAAUCAGAUGUUUCCAUCAAGCUGCUUUUAGUGACAUCUCUAACUCGUUAUCUGUUCGUUGACUUGUUGUGAUGACUUGUUUGGCUUCUGUUGAUGUUGUGAGACUCGUGUUUAACCAAUAUAAAAUGAAAAGCUUUCUACAUAUUGUGAUCGAAAUUCUUGAAAUAAACUAGUCAAAGAGUUGUC